UUGUGUGUGUGCGUGUGUGUGAGUCACGGAGCUCCAUCGCUGCUGCCGUUCCGCUCUGACGGGAGGAAGAAAAAUAAACCCGCAGCAGUAAACACCAGCGAUGUCCGUCCAGUAACUGAAGCUCCCCCGCCUCCUCCCCCAGUUCUCAUCCUGAGUGUCCCGGCUUGCAUGGCCCCCGGCUCGGCCGCCCGGACAAUAGACCAGCCCGCCUGCCCGCUGCAGCAGCAGCUUCUCCUCGUCCUCUCGCAGCCAGGGGAUCUCUCUCUCUGAGUGUCCCUGUCCAGGAUCCCUGCAGCAUUCUCCCGCGGCUCCAGAUGGCCGGACACGAGUGGGAAGACUGGUUCGAGCGGGAGGAAUUUAUCGGACAGAUCAGCGACAUCCGAGUGCAGAACCUGCAAGUUGAAAGAGAAGUGGUUCAGAAGCGGACCUUCACUCGAUGGAUGAACCUACAUUUAGAAAAGUGUGACCCGCCCAUUGAAGUCCACGACCUUUUCCAGGACAUCCAGGAUGGGCGCAUCCUCAUGGCCCUGCUGGAGGAGCUCUCCGGCUGCAAGCUGCUUCAUGGAUUCAAGAAAUCGUCCCAUCGUAUUUUCAGACUCAAUAACAUCGCAAAGGUCCUGUCUUUCCUCGAAGAGAGAAACGUAAAGCUGGUCAGCAUCGAUGCCGCUGACGUUGCUGAUGGGAACUCCUCCAUCAUCCUGGGUCUUAUCUGGAACAUCAUCCUCUUCUUCCAGAUUAAGGAGCUGACCGGGAACAUCAGGAGCCAGUUCCCCUCCUCCUCCAGCCUGUCGUCCAUCCCCACCAGCUCUGACUCGGACGCGUCCUACUGCAGCACGCCGUCGGACGAGAGGCAGUCGGCAUCCACGGCCAUGCGAGAACACAGCAAGGCCAUCAAGAAACUGUUACAGUGGGUCCAGAAGCGAACGCGCAAGUAUGGUGUAGCAGUUCAGGACUUUGGGAAGAGCUGGACAAGUGGUUUGGCCUUCCUGGCUGUCAUUAAGUCCAUCGACCCCAGCCUGGUAGACAUGAGGAAGGCCCUGCUGAGGAGUGCCAGAGAGAAUCUGGAGGAUGCCUUCAGAAUAGCCCAUUACAGCCUCGGUAUCCCACGCCUCCUGGAGCCUGAGGAUGUGACUAUCAACGCACCAGAUGAACAAUCCAUCAUGACAUAUGUGUCACAGUUCUUGGAGCACUUCCCUGGCAUAGAGGAGCCGGAAGAGCCCUGCCAGCUGAUCGAACGCAGCAUCUCUAUGGGCCGACUCAACUUCCGGGACAGCGACUCGGUCCACAUAAGGAAUGGUGCUUACCGAAGCAGAGUGAAGGAGAGGUCCUACAUGUUCCAGAGGGAUCAUGGCCAACCCCCACCCAAAAUCUUAAUUUCCUCAGUGUCAGAGGACAGGAGUGCCACGUCGCCCCCAUUUAGGCUGGCUGCAGCUCGCUCGUGGUCCACUGAAGACUACUUAGCAGAUUCCCCCCACAUGGAAGACAUUUCCAGAAGUGUGGUUAAAGACUCCAAAGAAUCUGUCAGUGAGGUCUUAACUAACUCAACCUCUAACUCCCCACAGCUGUCUUACACUCACUCGCCCACUGGCCAGAGCGAUUCAGUUAUUGGGGACUCUGCAAUCAGCUCACCAGACUCCUGGGUGGACAGUGAGUUUGGGGUGAUGCCAGAGAAGUUUUGUGAGAGCCAAAGUGACAGUUCUUUGUGUGACAGUGGAACAGCCUGGGAUGUGUACCGUGCUACCCCUGUGGAGGUCACUACUCUUGAUGAAGGUUUUGUCCCAUCGAUAGAGGAUAGAGCCCCCGAGGAGCAGCUGAUUAUUGACUCAAAUAGCAAUGAAGGGAUUUACUCACUGGAGAAAACACAGGAACAAAUCCAAGGGCAUUCUGAGAAAAAGCAAGUGGAAGUACUGAAUGAGAGAGAGACGAACCUUGAGAACCACAAACAGGACAUGGCACUAGAUCAGGUACUGGAUCAGAACAAAGAUGAGAUCACAAAAGAAGCAGACUCAAAAGAGAUGGAUACCAGUGUACUUCAAAAAGAUGAAGUACCCAGAGAGCAAGAGCCUUCUUUUGAACCAUGUGAUGCAGAAGCACAGGCCAACUCUGGUUUUGAUGAUCUCCUUGAAACUGGUAAAUCUAACCAGUCCCAUCUCAGCUCUAACACUGAACUACCACUCCCUGGCCAUUUUGAAGAACUUGUGAAGCAAACCAGUGUUGAAGAAAGCACUAAUGGAGAACCAUUCACUGGGGAUACACAGGACCAUGAAGCACAAAUUAAUGGUCAAAGUGAAAGUCUGAAUGAAAGGAAUCAUUCUGAGCAGGCUGCAGUGGAAACACAGUGUCAGAAAACAGAUUCUCCUUUAGAGGAGAAAAGAGAGGACCCAAAAGAGAAAUCAUGGAUUUUAAGGGAAAGGGAUGAAGGGGUGGUAGAAACACAAGAUGGAGCAAGUAAAGGAGUUGUAAGAGACAACUCAGAUCCUCAAGAAAGCAUUAGCACAGAGAGUGGUGGAACUUUAGCAAGCACACAUCCAACCAACCAAGAGGGAGCACCAAUCAUUCCUCUGAUCUCCAUUUCCAGUGAGCCAGAAGAGCAGAAUGAAGAGGAAAUAUGUGACCCAGAAAGACAAGCUCACGCUGGGGAUGAAGUGGCACACCAGCCAGAGGCAACUGGAAUUAAUGGAAAUGACACAGAUGUUAACAGCCCUCAAAAUCCAGAUGAACUGAGUGGUGACCCCAGUGCCAAUGAUGACAAAAAACCUGUUGAGACUUCUUCCUGCUUGAUGACAGAAAAUGUCAAACCAACGGCUUCAGAACAAAUAAGGGACAAAGAAAAUGGGCAUUUGGAUGAUACAGAUGAACAUGACUUGUGGAAUUCUUCAAAUGCAGACACAAGUGUGCCAUGCACAAAAGAUAACAUGGAAAUAAGUGAAGCCAAACACAAAAACUCUCAGAUAGAAAACACUGACAGGGACUUCAUUGCUCAGACUUCCUCUACAGAUGAUAAACAACCAACUAACCAAUCGCAGAGCACACUGGAUCCAGUCAACUCAGAACCAAAUGGUAAGAUAGGGAUUUCGUGUUGUGACCCAGCUAGUGUUUCCCGAAACAUGGACUUCUUUAAUGCCGACUUGGAUCGCAGUUCUCCCACAGAGGAUUUAGUUGGUGACCUUAUAGAACCCAUGGAUCUGUUCUACCCAGACAAAGAGGAACCCAUGUUUACUGAACCACCUGAUACUGAGAUGCAGAGCUGGCCUUCUGUUUUGAGUGUAUCAGCUCUCCAGCCAGCUCCAGCUUCAGAGACUCUACCAGAUGACCAACCAUUCAACCUGCUUGGUGAAGACUUCAGGAAUGGAGUGGAUUUGGUACAAGAGAAUGAUAAGGUGAUCACCGGGACCAACCAAGAGCGUGGCAAAGCAUCUGAGUCCCAGGAGCAGAGCUUGUUGCCAGGGGAGAAGAUAGCAGGACUCUGGGGUGAUGGUGUCUCAGCAGAUGGCAGUGAUAUCAGUGAGGCUGAGCGAUGGAGCCCAGGCUCUGCCAGGGAAAACACAGAGCCUGUGAGAAGUGACACUAAAAGCUCCGGCAGACAAGAUGAAACUCAGAUCCCUCCAGUUCUCCGUCACAGAAAGGGAGCUCACCUCGCGGAGUCUGUGGACAGUCAGAGAACUGUGACUGCAGCGGCCAGAACAGCUGACAACGGUGACUUUUGGUGCAGUGAGAGCUGGGAGCUCCAUCUGCUGCUGCUACUGUGGCUGCUGCUUUACUGUUUCUGGAUACUGCCACAGAUGGACCUGAAGACACUGCCCAGCCUGCUGCUGAACCUCAACCACUGAACACACACUUAUAGACACACACACCCACACACACACACACACUCAUGUGCACUCACAUAAACAGUUACAGAAAAAAGGAAUUUUGUCAAUUUUAAAUAUAUAAACUUUGAAGAAACGUAUACACAAACACAUAUAGCGCAACUGCCACUCAUCUCUUCUCAUUACAGUGACUGUGUUCCAGUUUAAGUCAAGGCAUUUAUAAGAUGUAUAUUUCAAAACUACUACAGCUUUUCAGUAGGUUUUUUUGCUUUCUAGCUUUUAUGUGGCUUGAAGCGAUCUGUAUGACCACCAGUGGGGGAAACAUAUGACAUCUGAGAAAAGGUCUUAAUGCUAUAAAAGUCAUCAUAUUUCGAAGAUGAAGUUAUUUUAUUUUGAGAAUAAAGUGACAGUGUUGUGAAAAGGAAUCUGUAAUCCAGAGGAAAUGUUAAAAUAUUAUAAGAAAAAAAAGACCUAUUUCCUUACGACUUUAUUUGUGCAACUGUUUCGCAAAAUUACGACUUCCUCUGGUGACGUUAUCGGAAUAUUGCAAUGUUGCUGUCAUGGCCCUGAUAACUCUGUUGCAGAUCCGCUCCUGUUUUAAAGACACUGUAGAAGUUGGUGGUUUAUUGCUGUUAAAAGCAGAAUGAGCUGACCCCUUCUAAGAUUAUAUGACUGUACAGCACACUCUGAUUUGUAGACAGAGAUAUAUGCUAUGGAUGUAUGUAUGCACAGUUGCCUGAAUCAUCUGAAUAGCCAUUUAACCCAGAGGAAUAUAUGUAUAUAUAUAUAUUCUGAAUGAAAUGAAGGGGGGUUUAGGGAUCAGUUGCACUUUUGAGAGAAUACAAACUGCCAAAGAUAGUGUUGGAAGUGGUAAUACCGAAAGUACACAACUCACCCAUAAUAAUGAAAAUGUUUCUAACACGUAGGAAGUCUAGUCUUAGUCUUCUACUAAUGCAUUACCCCGGCUCUCUGUUGUACAAUAGUUGAGGCAGAACAUGUAUUUGUAAUAUUUUAUGGCUCCUAAGAUGUAUGAAUGGAUUUUUAAAAAGUUUUAUGAUAAAGUUUUAUGUGAUAUGAGCUAUGCUUGAGCUUGUCCAAGCCUGUCAAUGGAAAGAGAAUGCUUUACAAUGAAAUAUCUUUCUUAUAUGUUAUUUUUGAACAAUGUCUAUAAUGAAGGGUUAUGACCAAGUGACGCUAAAAUAUUCUUCUUUUGAUUAUUAUAGUCAUCUGUCCAUCAGUAAGCACAAUUCUGCUUCCACACCAGCCGGCCGGUGGGUGAAGUCUGUUUACUCUGAGUAUAAAUACAUCCCCUCCAUCCACAGAGGGGGGGGGGGGGGCAGCCAGAAAAAAAAAAAAAAGCCAUUCAUUCAGUUCAGUACAAACUGGGUCGUCCC